CGAUCGUGCAGGGUUUUUCAACUAUUUCGUGCUCUUCUCAUCGAUCCACACAGUUUUCUCUGUGGAUUUCUCUUCGGUCCCACUCCCACAACUGAUCUCUAGGGAAUCCACGUUCGUUCCUUCAACAGGGACCAAGCAAUCUGCGCGCCCUCAGAGGCAAUCAACCAUCAUAAACGAUAUCAAGCACUUAGCGUUCUCAGUGUUCUAUUAUAACUCUAAUUUUGUUUUAUUGGAUUCGUCGUUCUUCACUUUCAUUGUAUCGGAUUCAUUAUUUUAUCUUCGCACAUCGAUUGUCGCCCGCUUUUGCAUUUGCACUCUCUGAUAUCGAUUUGUCAUCUGUAUGCGCAGUAGUUUGUCUGUCAGCAUCUCUGAAAUCAUUUAUACAUUUUGCGAAAACUUCCCACCCCAAGGUAAGGGGUGAGCGGAGUGUAAUCCUUCUUUCGUUGUAUUUGUAACUCGCCAUGGCUAAGGUUUUUCAAACCCCAACCAAGAGCGUUCUCCAAUCCAGCAGGUGGUCCGAGAGGCUCCCACUUAGAGAGCAGGCAUCUCCCGACUUUCUCUCACGCAAGACUCCAAGGAAGACACCAGGGUGCCAUAACGAUCGAUUCAUUCCAACCCGGAAAAAUGUGGACCUAGAUCUUGCCAAUUACUUGCUCGCCAAGGAGAACAGUGUUGCGGCUUCACCCAGAAAUGAAGAGUACAAGAAGCAAUUGGCAGGUAACAUGCUGAGAGACAAUGACGGCAACUCAAGGAUUUUGUCAUUCAGCAGCAAGCCUCCACCUCCCCCUGAAGGUUUUGAGAAUUCGAGGAAGGCCCUGUACACCCAGAACAUUGCCAGCCCAGCGAAAGCGAAGAAAUUGUUUCGCCACAUUCCUCAGGCUCCGGAGAGAACCCUUGACGCUCCAGAACUUCUGGAUGACUACUACCUGAAUUUGCUGGACUGGAGCUCAAAUAACGUCGUGGCAAUCGCUCUUGGAAACACCGUCUAUCUGUGGGAUGCUACGACCAGCUCAAUUGAAGAAUUAAUGACGGUGGGUGAUGAAGGACCUGUCACCAGUAUUUGCUGGGCACCAGACGGGCAAUACAUUGCCAUCGGCCUGAACAAUGCUGACGUUCAGCUAUGGGACAGCCACUCUUUAAGACAGGUCCGGUCCUUGAAAGGACACUGUGCCCGCGUUGGAGCACUUGCCUGGAAUGGCGGUCCUGUCCUCAGCUCCGGAGGACGUGACAACGUGAUUUUCAACCAUGAUGUAAGAAUUAGAGAACACAUCACGGGUCGAAUGACUGCACACGAGCAAGAAGUGUGCGGUCUGAAAUGGUCUCCGUCGGGUCAGCAGUUGGCUAGCGGAGGGAACGACAAUCUGCUACACAUUUGGGAUGCAGCUGCCGCAUCUUCUCAAGGACCGAGCCCAUACCUUCACCGCCUGGAUGAUCAUCAGGCAGCUGUGAAGGCGUUAGCUUGGUGUCCCUUUCAGGCAAAUUUGCUAGCGUCCGGCGGUGGUACCGCAGAUCGCUGCAUUAAGUUCUGGAACACACACACUGGUGCCUGCGUUAAUAGCAUUGACACUCAGUCCCAGGUGUGUGCUUUGCAAUGGAGUAAGCAUGAGAAGGAAAUUUUGAGCUCUCAUGGAUUUAGUCAAAACCAACUUUGCCUGUGGAAAUAUCCUUCCAUGGUGAAGAUGACUGAGCUUACAGGCCAUACAUCUCGCGUCCUGCACCUUGCCCAGAGCCCAGAUGGAUACACAAUUGCCUCAGCUGCUGGAGAUGAAACUUUGAGGUUUUGGCAAGUGUUCGGCUCCCCAGAUAUGUCCAGACUUCCCGCCAAAGUGAAGACAGUCGACUCCCGCAGUAUCCUACACUCCAGGAACAUUCGAUAGUUUAUACUGGAGAAAUUAACACUGGGAGUUGUAAAUGCGAAAAGUAAGCGGCUGACGUUGCUACAGCGUUUAGAGGCAAAAAAGCGCGAACACGCACGCAACAUCACACAUUACACUUCAGAAAUAAUUUGAAACCAUAACACCUUUUCUGGCUAAGAAAAGAAGACUGCAAGUCGCCAUGGGCAAGAUUUAUGCAGAGUGGAGACGAGCAGUUGGAAAGGAAAGAAAACGGGAAAUAUCGAUACGAAGUGGCGAUAAGUCUGAAUUAUCUAUUUUCAUACAAUAAAUAUAUUGUAUGAAAAUGAAAGUGUAUGGAGACAACAAAUAUGGAGCAGCAGGAGAAAAACAAUUCAACAUCAUGUACCGUUUCGUACAUAUGGGAGAAUACUACGCGGGUUGAUAGAAUAAAACCAUUCAAAUCUGUAGGAAGUCAACAUCGUCAAAUCAUUACCCAUCCACUUGAUACACUCGCAUCUGUAAACAUAUCAACUGUGUAAACCUCCUACACAUUGUUGGAGCAGGUGAAAUAACCUGUGUAGAAGACUCUUUUCCACUUCCCAUGUUCUCGCCCAUACUUAUCUACCAAAUGAUCAAUAAACUAAAUACCCGCAAGGGGGGGCUCACCAUUGAGACCCAACACUGUGUCAAUUUGUGCAUGUACAUGAAAGAAA